AUGAUAGGUGGAAAUGAAUCUAGUACUGCAGGACAGAUCCCUAUGUCCUACUUAACCUGCCUGACUUACAUUCUGGGAGAAUGGACUGGCGUGGAGCAUAUUGAAGAUUAUCUGAGUUACGCAGUCUACCUUUUAUGGGUGCUUUUUCCACUUGCAGUAGUUUUUCUACUUCCGGGAGUUCUUGUCAUCCUCUUCUACACUUCCAUUCUCCUUCUUCAUAUUUAUAAAAGGAAAAAUGAACUAAAGGAAGCUUAUUCAAAUGAUUUUUGGGAUGGUGCAAAACAAAUGUUGGCUACCCUGUGGGAUGGACAUGGACGAAUAUGGCAUGGUUACGAGCUUCAUGGUGCCGGAAACAUUCCUGAAGGACCAGGACUUAUUGUGUUUUAUCAUGGAGCUACUCCUGCUGACUGUCUCUAUUUCAUGGCUAGACUUCUUAUACUAAAGAAAAGACAGUGCUACGUAGUAGCUGAUCAUUUCGUCUUUAGAUUACCAGGUUUUAAAAUAUUACUUGAUGUACAUGGAGUUAUACAUGGACCAAAAGAAGAAUGUGUCAAAGGUCUGAAGCAAGGCCGUCUGUUGGCCAUUGCCCCAGGAGGAGUUCGGGAAGCACUCUUUAGUGAUGAAACGUAUACUAUUAUGUGGGGUAAUCGGAAGGGCUUUGCUCAGGUGGCCAUUGAUGCAAAAGUGCCCAUCAUUCCUAUGUUUACACAAAAUGUUCGAGAAGGCUUUAGGACGUUAGGAGGAAUAAAAAUACUUAGAUUGCUAUAUGAACGUAUUCGAUUGCCAGUAGUUCCUAUAUACGGUGGGUUUCCAGUCAAGCUUCGUACAUUUAUUGGAGAACCCAUUCCAUAUGAACCAAAUGUAACUGCUGAGGAACUAACUGCAAAGACAAAAGCAGCACUCCAAGAUCUAAUAGAAAAACAUCAGAAAAUACCAGGAAAUAUAUUUAGGGCUUUAAUGGAACGAUUUCAAACACAAAAGAAAGAUGAUUAAGGUUUUCUGCAUAAACUACUAUUUAGUUACAAUAUUCUUAAAGUCAUAUUUGUAACUUAUUCAUUCUUCUAAUAAUAGAUUUUAAAUACUGUCCUAAUGAUACUGCAGUUUAAUUUAAGAUGUAAGACACUUUCCUUUGCCCUUUCCCCUGCCCAGUGUCAAGCUCAGGAACCCAACCUUCAAAUCAUCUGCAAUGGGGCGAAGCUUACGUUUUGAUAAAUGCAUUCCUAACUUGAAAGUGACU